GCAGGAGAGAGAGGAGUCUAAACACAAACAGCUGAUUUACAUGUGUUUCCUAAGGAGAUAAGCAGACAUACAUUCCGUUCCUUGGAGGGUAAAUAAGUGGCAACAGGGUCUGACAGAGUUCAGGUCAUCAACAGUUCAGACCAUAAAACAGCUCAGGUCAUAAAGUCUGUAGACAGGGCUGCAAAAGUUACUCUUCAACUAUAAAAUAGGUUUCAACCACACUUACAGAGGGACAGAGGGAAUUUAACAAUCAUACAACUGUAUAUGUAUUUUUGAUAGAUGACUGAUAUCUUUGGAACUAUUUGCAUUAGACCUUCGUCUCUCAUCUGAUGACGAAUCAGCGUCUGAGGCAUCAGCUCGUGUUGUGGAUCUUUGGGUGUAGAGGAUGUAACAGAAACACACUUUAUUGUGUGAAAUAUAUUUUCAUACUAUUCACUGAUUCUAUCAUCUUCAGCCGAAGGAACAAAUCUGAGAAUCGAGAGGAGAAAGGAGAACGAGAACAAACUUGCUCUUAAUAUUUCUGUUGUACUUUAAAUCUCCCUCUCUGAUCUGAUCACGUACAUCAACGUGUGUUCGAACCCCUCACGCGGCUUGUGACGUCUUGUUUGGGAGAGAGACGCCUCCUGGGGUUUCCUCACAUCUCGGUUUGAUUUUCUUCGUCUGAGGAUUCGGCUGCGGAUGAGAAGACAGAUUGAACCGCGCUGCCCUUCAGACAGGAUCACGCCUCAUCAUCAGAACUCCCCCACUCGGUGUUGACUGUGGGAGGCUCGUCUCCCACUUGCACUGACGGCCGGAUCGAGGGGAUCGUGACGCACAUCGCAACCCGUGGGAGGCCGUGUGGUGGCAGGUGGAGAUCCUGCUUCACAGGAAGUCUUCUGGGUCUUCUCAGGUCAGGGAACAUAUUACAUAUUCGGUCACAACCUUGUUUUUGUCUUCCACCAAAAUAUCUGAGUCAGCUCCUGCAUGUAGUUAUUCAAUCAUCCAUUAGCCUGUGAAACAUUCAUGGCUUCAUAUUAAUCAUUUAGCUUUUAGUGCCUUGGACCUUGUCACGAUACUGUACAUUUGCUAAAACAGACAAUUAUUGCAAAAGUGAAAAGUGACCAUCGUUGUUUCUGUUGUUUUUCUGUCGAACCAACAAACAACACAAAAGACCCCCACCAGGGCUCACGGCGCUCAGCGUUAAAGAAAGAGAGAAACAUUCCUGGAUCCGCCCCCGUAAUCGAAUCCGCUCCAAAGCUGUGACCAACGGAGGGACAGGAUUCCAUGGGACCUCUGAGGGGGGUGUGGUGGUGCUCACCGCCUGCUACGUUCUGCUGCUGCAGCCGGCCACUCUCUGGAGAGAAGCUUGCAUCUGUCUCCUGUCUCCAUUCAUCUCCUGCAGUUUGCUGCCCUCUAGUGAGACGCUGCUCUUCAGAGCCGUGUCUCCUGGUUCACGGCUCAGAGGAAAUGACCUGAAAGCAGCAGCAGCCACGUGUGGUUGAAUCUUCCCUGAGGCGGAGCGAUGUGUCAGCAGGAGGCGAGUCGGACAAUUAGAGGCAGAGCAACACGUCUGGACGAGAGAUUCUGAGUUUGGUUUUAUGUGCUUUGUGGAAAUGUAAAUUACAGUCGCCUCCUUUAAACCCUUUCUGCCGUCACUUCAGAACUUCAAACAUUUACUGCCCUUAAAAAACAGUCAUAACUUUGUCAUGCUCCUUAAACAACUGCAUUAGUUCCACCUCUAACAGUGUGUGUGAACUCAGCUGAGCCUCAGCAGGAAGAAUGUAGCUAUAGAAACUGACAGACGUCGAACCAGUGCAGCCUCUCAGGUCCGGAUUACAGUUAAAACCUCAAAACAAACCAUCAACAAGCUCUUUAACACGAGAUGUGUUUGUGUCUGAGGGUUUUAUUCUCUAAAGAAAGCGUCAGGGUUUCUUCACCGAUCAUGGAAAGUUAUUGAAAACAAAAGUUCUAAAUGGACCUCACCCACAAUGUGGUGGAGCCAUAAACUAUAAAUAAAGUGUCCGGUAUAAAGAAAGAAGCCAAGAUAUACAAAAGCUGCCAUUGUGACGACAUCGUUUGCAGUCAGAUCUUUAUUGGUUAUAGCUUCGGAAGUGACUGUUUGAGUUCUGGUCAGUUGGUUUGAAAUAUUUUGGGAUAUUAUGAGUUUGUUGCUUUUCACCUGGAUGUGAUUCACCCUCAGGUGGCUGUGACCAGUAGAUCUGCACCGGUAAAGAGUUAAAGCUCCUUCUGCAGCGACGGGUGACGUCACUGCACCACACUUCAUGUCUCUGGGCCGUGUGGUUUGAAACCAGCAGUUUCCAUAAUGGGAUGUGUGUGUCUGUGUGUGUCUGUGUGUGGAUGGGAUGGGGGGGGCGUUGUGCUGCUGUGUGGUUAAACACGCCACAGAAUGACUCACAUGAGCAGUGGAAAACAAAGUUUUUAUUAUUGUGAAAUCAAACUGGGACUUAAUUGUGACAGUUUAGAAAGUCCUGAAGAGACAGGACGAAGUCAGGUUACAUGUUGGUGAACCUCCUCACAGCUACACAGCUGCAGGUUCCAACAUCUGUCCUGAAGCUGGGUUUGGAAUAACUCAAGAGAAGAGUAGCUCCAGGCGUUUUAAAGCUGAGCGGCUUGAAGUGACAAAUUCACAGUGUUUACGAUCGUGGGUCACAAAGGCUGCUGAAGGACUUUGUAAAGUUUGUAAGUUUGUAAAGUUUCCAGGGUCCAGGAGGCAGGAAGCUUCAGAAUCUGAUAGAACAAAGACAAUCUGCAGUGGGACUGAUUUGUGUUGAGUUGUUGUAUUUCACAGCGUCUUGUUUUGUGUGACACUUUUACAGAGGCAGUAGUUUUUAAAUGUGCUUUAUAAACAAGUACUUAGAUUAGAUAGGAACUAUCUGGAAUCUUCUCAUCUGCAGUUGAAGUUUAGGUUGAGUGAUGAAUACAUCAGGGUCAGGAGGACUUUCCUCUGAUAAGAUGUGGUGAGAUGGGAUGAGGUCAAAGGUCACUGCUGCAGGGAGAAGGUUUGCUAGGGAAAGUGUGAGAGAGGCUGAAGAAGAUGAAGAUGGUGAUGAUGGAGAAGAUGAGGAUGAAGAUGGAGAAGAUGGAGAUGAAGAUGAUGAUGAUGAUGAUGAUGAUGGAGAUGAUGGAGAAGAUGAUAGAGAUGAAGAUGAAGAUGGUGGAUGUGUCUUCCCGCGGUAAGAAGGAGUCUGAAGCGGGAGAGAUGAGGCAGGAGGCGGAUCAUAAGAACCACAUCCUCCGCCCUCUGAAGACGCCUCCUGACGGGGAGUCUCUCUCAGUCUGCCCGGUACCGAGUGUCACCGAGCCGCCUUCAUUCUCAACAUAGAACCCGGUCAGAAAACGGAUCGAUGCCGGUCAUGUGAACAGAAACGAGCCCGACCUCAGCCUCCGUCUCCGGUUCCUCCUCCACGGUCUUUACGCGCAGCGGAGCGAUGGAAGCGCUGCGCCCGGAGCGCCGCGCUCCGCCGCGGCUCCGCCUCAGCCGCCUCCUGCUGCUGCUGCUGGGCUGCACCGUGUCCUCCUCGGCGGCCUGGGACCUGGUUCUCCUCCACACCAACGACGUGCACGCCCGCGUGGAGGAGAAAUGCGUCAACCGCAGCCGGUGUUUGGCCGGCGUGGCCCGGAGAGCCACGGAGAUCCGCAGGGUCCGAGCAUCCGAGAGCAACGUGCUGCUGCUGGACGCCGGAGACCAGUUCCAGGGAACCGUGUGGUUCAACUUCUACAAGGGAGCAGAGGCGGCGCACUUCAUGAACUCACUGGGAUAUGAUGCCAUGGCCUUGGGGAAUCACGAGUUUGACAACGGAGUGGAAGGACUCAUGAAACCGUUCAUGGAGGAAAUCCAGUGUCCAGUUCUCAGUGCCAACAUCAGACCAGACCAGACCCUGGCCCCGACCUUUGGGAAGUCCUACCUUCCCUAUAAGAUCCUGACGGUGGGGGGGCAGAAGGUCGGCGUGGUGGGAUACACGUCACAGGAGACGUCAGCUCUGUCCAAACCUGGGCCUCACCUGUCGUUCGAGGACGAGGUGGACGCUCUGCGGCUGCAUGUGGACAAGCUCCGCACGCUGGGAGUCAAUAAGAUCAUCGCUCUGGGUCACUCUGGUUUCACCAAGGACAAGGACAUCGCUAAGAGGGUCCACGGAGUCGACGUGGUCAUCGGAGGACACACCAACACCUUCCUCUACACGGGGACUCCUCCCUCCACUGAAGUCCCUGCAGGUCCGUAUCCCUUCGUGGUGAAGUCAGACGACGGGCGCCAGGUUCCUGUCGUGCAGGCCUACGCCUUUGGGAAAUACCUGGGUUAUCUGAAAGUGACCUUUGACGAGGCUGGAAACGUAGUGAGGUCCACAGGAAACCCCAUCCUGCUGGACAGCAGCGUCCCGCAGGACGCAGAAGUUCUGGCUGAUGUGGAGCAAUGGAAGAAGAAUCUGGCGAACUACUCAGCUCAGGUGGUGGGAAAGACUCUGGUCCUCCUGAACGGAGAAACGGAGGAGUGUCGUUUCCGGGAGUGUAACCUGGGAAACCUGAUCUGCGACGCCAUGGUCGACAACAACAUCCGACGCCCAGACGACGUCCAGUGGAACCACGUCAGCGCCAGCAUCUUCAACGGAGGCGGCGUCCGGGCGUCUGUGGACGAACAAACCAGAGAAGGUUUGAUCACCAUGGAGGACCUGAUCUCCGUCUUACCGUUCGGAGGGACCUUCGACCUGGUGCAGCUGAGGGGCUCCACGCUGAGGAAGGCUUUCGAACACUCAGUGAAACGAUACGGAGAGGCCACCGGAGAGUUCCUCCAAGUGUCCGGAUUUCACGUAGAGUUCGACCUCUCCCGACCUCCAGGACGCCGCGUGACGAGCCUCCUCAUCCUCUGCACGGCGUGUCGCGUCCCUUUCUACGAACCGGUGGAGGACGAGACGGUUUAUACGGUGGUGCUGCCGUCCUACAUGGUGAUUGGCGGGGACGGAUACGCCAUGAUCCCAAAGGAGUUGGUCAAGCACAACAGCGGAGAUCUGGACAUUUCAGUCGUUUCCAGGUUCAUCGCGCAGAGAAAGAAAGUUUAUCCUCCGGUCGAAGGACGAAUCAGGGUCAACAACUCGGCGUCGGGGGGGCAGGGACGAGCUGCUCUGGUGGUUUCCCUGUCGCUGCUCUGGAGUGUGUGUGGGGCCAUGUGAGACUGAACAUGAAGAAGAAACGAUAUCUCACCUUCACACGUUUCUUUCCUCGCCACGCACUCCGACUGCAGUACCUCUGAUGGACACUAAGAUCUGAGCUGCGACGGUUUAUUAACACGUCUGAAGACUUUGAAGCCGUCGGACGACUUCCUGUGUUUCCACGACGACGAAUUCAGAUCCACGAGCUUCAGUUUGUGGUUUUGCUCAGAAACAACAGAUCUUUGUAGAAAAUGAUUUGACGACAGAAAUCGUUUUUCUGCGUUUGUGUAAAAAAUCUUAAAGUAAAUUUUGACGUUGGAUUCUAGAAAAGUCGAGACUUUUAGCUAAUGAAGAACUUUUCUGUGAAAAAGUGAUAAAAACAGGAAAUGAAAAAGACAAAGCUGCUCGUUCAAAGAAGUUUUAUCAUGUACUGUGUGUACUUGUACUGUGGCAGGAGUAAUAAACUUUAACAUUUUA